CCCUUAAAGUACUCCAAUUGAUAAUUUAUCCCCACAAUUUCCAACCAUGAAUGCGGUGUACCUUUCGAUUUUCACUACCCUGACUCUGGCUUGGCUUCUCUGCUGCACAGCCGCUCCGCAGAGUCGCAUUUGCGUCAAGUCAAUCACCCAGGCUCAGGAUCCAAGGAGUGACGAAGCAGCCGAAAACGAUUCAUCAUACGAAGACGAUUUUGGGGAUGAUGAUGAGUUUGAGAAGUACGACAUUCAGCAGAGCAACUUGGCAUCCAAUUACAAUUUAUCGAUCGGAACGACAAUUUGCGAGCGAAAAUUUAAUUUUUGCCACGCUCUGUGGAGAAUUGAUGCACACGGGAAUGUAACCAUUGCCAGUCAAGGAUGCUGGGAGUCCGAUUCGAAGGCAUCUUGCGACCAGAGCGAAUGCAUCAGCCGCAACACCCUGAAUCGGGACAGUAAUCGCUACCUCUUCUGUUGUUGCUCGGAGAACCUCUGCAACGACCGGAUGACCAGCGUGACUGAAGAGGGCGAAGAUAUUGACGAUAUCUGGGCCAGUCAGUCGCCAUCUCCUGCCCCGGACGCUUCCAUUCUGCAGAAUCCCUUUGUGUGGAUCGCCAUCGCGUUCGCCUGUCUCAUCCCAUUGUCCGUGAUUAUCAUCGUCAUUUGCAAGCGAGGAGAGAAAUCUCAGCCGGAAUUAGCUCCACUGGCGCCAUCAGGACCCGGGUACAGCUCCAAUCUUCACAAUGUGGAUAAUCUCAAGCUCUGCGCCAUGAUUGGACAGGGAAAGUACGGCACAGUGUGGCGCGGAUCGGUCAACGAGCAACCUGUGGCCGUGAAGAUCUUCCCAGGGCAGCACAAGCAGUACUUCAUCAACGAGAGAGACAUCUACACGCUCCCCAUCAUGGACGAUUGUUCCCUGCUCAUGUACUUCGGCUGCGACGAGCGCCGGACGAUGGAGGACAACAUUGAGUACCUCCUAGUGCUGUCUCUGGCGCCGCUGGGAUGCCUGCAGGACUGGUUGACUGAGAACACAACCGCCUAUGCUGUCUUCUGCUCCAUGGCCAAAUCAGUAGCGCACGGUCUGGCGCACAUGCACACCGAGAUGCGCAAGGGUGACCUCUUGAAGCCCUGCAUCUGCCACAGGGAUCUCAACAGCCGAAACAUCCUCGUGAAGGCGGAUUUGACUUGCGUCCUGUGCGACUUCGGUUUCGCCAUGAAGACCUUUGGGCCCAGAUACGAGUACAGAGGCGAAAUAGCUCUGGCCGAGACGAAGAGCAUCAACGAGGUGGGUACUCUUCGCUACAUGGCACCCGAAGUGCUCGAGGGCGCGGUGAACUUGAGAGAUUGCGAGUCCGCCCUCAAGCAGAUCGAUGUCUAUGCCCUGGGACUGGUUCUCUGGGAGCUCAGCACGAGAUGCCAGGAUUUCUACCCCGAGGGACAGGGCACAGCCGACUACCGAGCGCCUUACGAGGCGGAAGUGGGCAAGAACCCAACUUACGAGCAGAUGCAGGUGUUCGUGUCUCGCCACAAAGCGCGACCACUCUUCCCGCCCACUUGGGGCGGCGGGAUUGCCGGCAAGAUAAUCAGAGAAACAUGCGAGGAGUGCUGGGAUCAGGACGCAGAAGCUCGCCUGACGGCGCUGUGCGUGGAAGAAAGACUCCACGAGUUGUCGUCCCUGCGACCCAAGACCACCACGAUGGGAAGCCCGCCUGUGACCACAAACAAUGUGGUGAACUCUCUGAAGAGCAUCUCCCCCAUCUGUCCCAGCGACACCGUCAUUAUCACGCCGCCCAACCAAAUUAUCCCCAAGACGGAGACCGCAGAACACACAGCAGACGCCGAAGGGGUGAGACAUUCCAGCCAUUGCCGAAAGCUCGUGGAGAGUGAGUCAGCCACUGAAGUGAGGCUGGCCAAUGGAGAGAGAAAGUUCAACGGCUGGAAUGGCGUUCGAUCCAUGAUCAAGAAGAAACUCUUCAAGCGCGCCAGCGUUUGUGAGGAGAAGUCCCACUUGAUGAACAACAAACUCUCGCUGCCCGUGAGCGUUGAUAGCAUCUCUUGCCCAGAGAUUUGUCAGGAAUCUUCACAAGAAGCCCCGCCGAAGCCUCGCCAGAGACCGAGCAAUCUCAAUCUCGCUCCCAUUCAUUUUGAGUCCAGCUCCGAGUCUGGUGGCUAUUUCGAGAACAACCUCAUCAGAAACUCCCUGAGAGGUCAGCUGAAGGCACUUGAGUCCAGCGACUCCAUUGAGAAUUACCAGAGACGCGGAGAGCACACUGAUCCACUGCCGGCGAGAAUCGUCACAUCGAAGUCCGCCAAUGCAGUGAAGAAUCUCAAUGAUCCCUCGCUGAGGCAGCUGAUGCUCACGGACAAGCAGAUCAAGCGCCAGCGAUCCCUGGAGGUGUUCAGGGAAGUGUUCGGCCCCACCAAGGGCAGCGUGGAGAAGCUAAGAGAUCCCAGCCAGAGAGUGAAGACGCCCGGAGACGUUCCGCCGUCCGUUCGGAAAGUGCGAGCCUCCAAGACACUCUCGCUGUACGACGACCGCAUGAUGGACUCCACGUUGGGCAACAUUCUCUAGCACGAGGAGGUGCUGUUGCUGGAGCUGUAAGUGGGCAACAGGACAGGAAGCGAGGCUCUAAUGUUUAGUUUCUCAGUAGAAGACACGUUAAUGUAGGAUUUUCAUACAGGAGAUCAAAAUAGUCCUUAAGGUGAGCGAUGAGAGGCAGUGAUGAUUCAUUUUUGUAUCAAAACAACGCCCAGUUAAGUGGAAAACUCGAAUAGAAGAGUUCUCUUAUGAUUUUCCCAGCAUUUCUCCUCUGCAGAGCAAAAGUUUUGUCAAUUUCAAUGAAAUAUUAAGAAACUUCCAAAAGUGAUAUUCAUGAAUAACUCCAUGAAAUCCUGAAAUAUAUUUUCCCAUAUCACAAACAAACAAUAUCCAAAUUUAUCAUCACUGCCACGUGAGAGAGUGAGUGAAGGUGAAUCUUGUAUGUUGAGUAAGCACAAGAAAAUGUAUUCAGAAAACUUAUUUAUAGGAAACAUUUGCAUUAGCAAAAAGUACUCAAUGGAGAAAAACAAGGCAGAUGAAUUUAAUUAAGCGGACAACAAUAUUAACUCCCCCCAUCAAAACGGUGAAGUUUAAUGUUUAACACAUAUAUUUUACCGAGAGAGUCACUGAAGCGGCAUUAAAACUGGUGUAAACAUUCAAUGCACUUUGUUGUGCAGCAUCAUUCGAGACAGGAGAGAUUAAGCAUACAAUGUUGUAUGCCUUGUAACAAUUGCUAUUCUAUUAAUAAAUCCAUGACGAAAUUUGUCCAUGCGACAGACAAAAGACGCUGGCCGACACAGAAUGUAAUGAAUGCUAAUGUAUUGUUAAUUAGUCUGAUAUAUUUAAUGAGUUUUCGCCAAAUAUCACUCACAAACACUUCAGAGAGACACCCGAAAAUGCGUUUACACCAGUUGUCGCAGUGAAGAAUGUAACACAGAGGAUGGAUUAGAAUAAAAUUUCACAAUAUUUAUGACAUGACUUUAAAUAAUAUUCAAUUUAUUUAUACUUUCUGUUGUUUCUCUUCGAUCUCUCCACACCACAAAGCCAUCAUUCUUUCUGUUACCAUCUUAUGGAAAUAAACACGAAUUUAAAUUACAUUACACGCUUAUACAGAUGAAUGAUUUUAAUUUAGAGAAUG